GCACCGGACAGCCAUCACAGUUUGGACUUCUUCGAACCGAAUCGUGACUGACUGACUGACUCCUCCAGCCGGUGCCCUGGUUCGACAUUCGACGUCGACCUUGACCUCCACCGCAUCAAUUACCGUCAUGUCUCGGGCUCUUGCAAGCUUCUAGCUCUGGCGCAGUGCCAGAAUAUCUGGCUUUGCAUGAUACGUCGAACUACCAUCUCACUGGUCUCGACACCAAAAGAAUCCCACUUUACGCCAAACACAACUUGGAAGCUCACGACGCGUUUGUCCCCGUCCCACCCACGGGGUUCCCGGCAACGUACAGCCAGAUCUUCAUCUGUUCCCCGAUGUUACCAAGGCACCCGAUCGCUGGUUCUGUACCUCAGCUAGCAUGGACCAAAUACAAGAGAUGGGCAGAUUAGCACCCCCGGCAGUAAGCUCACUAAGGGCUCAGGCUGCCGGUAGUGCUAUGGAAAGAACGCUCAGUGAGAACAUACGGGAGGAGCGCGACGAGCUUCGAGAAGCUGCCGAACAAACCCUCAAUAUCAUUGUGGACUUGAACCUCGACGGCUCUAUCCGCUGGGUCAGUCCAUCCUGGCUUGAUGUUGUUGGCACACCACCCCAAGAAAUCCAAGGCAAACCGAUUGUAGACCUCAUCGUCGGCGACAACCGGGAAGUCUUUACAGAAACCAUCGCGUCUAUGAAAAAGGAUGACUCCCGGAGCCACAGGAUCCGUUUCGCCGUACGGAUUGGCCCUCAUUCCAAGCUUUUACCGGCCGAGAACAUGACGCAAACAGAGUUGGCCGAGAACGAGCCUGCUACGAUCGAUCUCGACGCGCAAGGCAUCAUGGUAUAUGACCGAACCGAUGGAAGUGAAAGCCAUACCAUGUGGAUGAUUCGUCCAUGGAUACCACCACGAGAAAUACAAAUCGACUUGCCACCUUUGAUUGUCGAUUCUCUUGGAUCAGGCGCCGAGGUUCUCGCUAGUUACCUCACACAACUCGCUGAAGCUGGCAACGAUGACCCUGCCAACAACCCCCCACCACUACCUGUACUCUGUCGCAUAUGCGAGCGGCAAAUACCGCCGUGGUGGUUUGAAAAGCACACUGACUUGUGUCUUCAAGAGCACCGGGCUGAAAUGGACGUCCAAAUGGCACAGGAGAACUUGACAGAGCACAGGCACGCAAUCGUCAAAGUGCUUGACGCGCUCGAAGCCCGUAAGAGUCGGCCUAUAGCAGGUGAGCCGUUGACACUGAAACUGGCUGAGUACAAGGGUCUAUCCAUUGGCCCGACGUCCAGCAGUUCAUCUCCCGGUACAGCGUCCCCGUCUGCAGGAUCGCGAGACCGAUCCGCAGGGUUUGGCCACGCACGCUCGCGGUCCUUUGCUGUUCGCCGACCACAAGCUCGUAUAGUCGAGUUGCUUUUGGACCUUCUCGAUACAGCUGCUGAGAUCAGUCCUCCGGCCAUAAAAGAGUCUGGUUCAGGAACUGGGGAAUUCCGCACACAGUCGCCCCAGUCUGAAUCGCGAAUUUCCCAAGUCCUCCAAUGGCAUUCGCCAGGCUCAAACACGAUGGAGCAAGAGCAGGGUUUAGCGUUGCUUUACCAAGAUACCGAGAAAGUUGCAAAAGAGAAGGUCGAAGCUGUUUUCCGUUACCGUAGGAUUAUGGAGUAUGCAGAGCGUAUACGUAUUGAAUUUGCCGUAAUUGUUCAAGAUUGCAUCGAUGAGGCACUGCGAAAAGCGGCACGCAUUGCUGCGGGGCGUUUGAGUGACUCAACUGAAGAAGAAGAUGAUGAGCAGGAACCUAUACAAGCCCCGGUAGAAGAGGUUGUCCCAGCGGUCCCCGAUGAAACAACUGUUUUCCCUGGUUCUUUUGACGCUCCUUCUUCUUUGGCAACAGCCCUACAGAAUGCCAGACUUGCAGAUACACCUAACAGAAGGCGACCAUCAUCUAACCAUGGAUCUACUCGAUCCAGCAGCCCCCGCGAAUGCCCGACCCCAAGAUCGCAUCGUGGUGGUUUCGGUAUUUCGGGACAGAUGCGCGAGUCUCGUCGUGAGUCAAUCAUGUUUGAGAGUGAUGCUGCCGACAGUGAUGGAGGAAGUGUUCGAUCGUCGUCAGUAGCCUCGCGGCAUCCUCGGACUGAAUCCCCAAUCUCAGAGUUUGGCGAUCUGCGCCGUGCGACUAGCUCUCGUCAACAUCAUAGGCGCAGCCUGAUCCUGCCUGGGACAUCCUCGCCUCACCGGCAAGAAUCACCCAACCGUGGGGCUCCUCCCUCAUCGCCUUUGCGAAUACUCAAGCCCAGAAACCUUCACUAUUCACACGAGACUGUCGUUUCUCCAGAAGCAUCGCCGAUGCUACCACACAGCGACUUUAGCUCACCAAUGGCUGUGUCUCAUCAUCGCAGACAAUCCUCCGUCGCUUUCCCCGAUUUCACUAGCAAGCCACCACCUUCUCCUAGAAUGCACGCGGUCAAUGCAACGCCACAGGUUAAGGCUGUGCCACCUUCCAUCAAAGACUUCGAGAUCAUCAAGCCAAUCAGUAAAGGAGCAUUUGGUAGUGUCUACCUGUCAAAGAAAAAGUCAACUGGAGAAUACUUUGCCAUCAAGGUCUUGAAGAAAGCGGACAUGGUAGCCAAGAAUCAGGUCACCAAUGUCAAGGCUGAACGAGCUAUUAUGAUGUGGCAGGGCGAAAGUGAGUUUGUUGCAAAACUCUAUUGGACUUUCUCCAGCAAGGACUACUUGUAUCUCGUCAUGGAAUACCUCAAUGGAGGUGACUGCGCCUCUUUGAUCAAAGUACUCGGUGGAUUACCUGAAGAUUGGGUUAAAAAGUACUUGGGCGAAGUCAUUCUUGGCGUGGAACAUCUUCACAGUCGCGGUAUCAUUCAUCGAGAUUUGAAGCCAGACAACCUUCUUAUCGAUCAAAAGGGCCAUCUCAAGUUGACUGAUUUUGGCCUUUCUAGAAUGGGUCUCGUGGGUCGUCAGAAACGAGCAUUGAACAGCGCUCCUUCAGAGCAAACACCUGAUCUUCUCAAGUCGGGCCCAUUUGUUCGUUCGACUUCAAUCGCGUCUUCUAGGUCUACUUCACUCGAUCUUCACGGUGGGCAUCACUCGCCUAGUGGAACGCCACAGAUGAAUCCGUCUGAUCCCGGUGCUUCCUUUCCACAGUCGUAUUUUAACCUCUCUGCCAUUCAUCAAGAACCGCAUCGGUUAUCAGGCCAGCGAAGCGACAGUGGUGGUAGCGAAACGCUGACACACAUGAUCGGCACCUUCUCACUGAAUGACAUUGCCACGAUUCAGUCUAAGCAAAUACAGCCCAGUAUGAAAUCACCACGGGACGAUACGAGUGAAGUUGAUAGUGCAGCUUCGCCGGACUUGCCAUUACUCCAUCACACUAGUACACAAAACAGCGAGACCCAUAGACAUACGCCGCCACAAGCCAGUAUGAUGCCGCCUCUAAUGGCCCUUUUCGACCCCGAUGACACAAACCGACGCUUUGUUGGUACCCCUGACUAUCUGGCACCAGAAACGAUCAAGGGUGAUAGGCAAGAUGAAACAAGUGAUUGGUGGUCAGUUGGUUGCAUCUUGUUUGAAUUUCUUUACGGCAUCCCCCCGUUCAACGCUGGCACUGCCGAGCUUGUGUUUGAAAAUAUACUGGCUCGUAAGAUUAUGUGGCCUGAAGAUGAUGACGAAGAAGUUUCCGAAGAGGCCAAGGACCUGAUCAACAGAUUGUUGUGCAUGGAUCCAAAGCAAAGACUUGGCUCGAACCGAGAAGAAAAAUAUGCCUCUGGUGGGGAGGAGAUUAGGGAUCAUCCGUUUUUCGAAGGAAUCACUUGGGACACUCUACUUCAGGACGAUGCGCAGUUUGUCCCUCAACCAGAAAACCCUGAGGAUACCGAGUAUUUUGAUACCCGGGGCGCUACCCUACAAGCAUUCACAGAAGAAAUGGAGGAUCAGGCAACUCCCCCGUCUGCACCAACUCCAGACUAUCCUGAGCGGCCACACGACGCGCUUUCCAGAGUCAGAUCUCAGGUACAUAUCAACCAGGUCAAACGCGGGUUGAUGCCAUUGCACAUACCGCCACAUAUCCGCGAUCUUAAGAGUCGGCGGCUGAGCGAGCCUGUCGCUACUGAUGAUUUCGGCAAUUUCGCCUUCAAGAAUCUGACAGUCCUCGACAAGGCAAACAAAGAUCUCAUCCAGCAGCUCAAAGCUCAAGCCGCAGCGACGCAAAUCAGAUCCGGUGUCAGUCCAGGCGGUAUUAAUAGUGCCAUAGCGACAUCUCCCGCUCCCGCUUCUGAAGGCAGCCCCAUUCUUUCAAUGCCAGUACAGCGGACGCUCUCAAACGCGAAAGCAUCUGAUCGGCGACCCGCCUCUCCAUCCGCAGCAAGCCAUGCAAAUUCAUCACCAAACCGCGCUUCGCAACCGUCUUCUCCACUGCUUGUAUCCUUUCAUGCUGGGCAUGGGGCAGAGGGGCGGCGAAAACCCUCAAGUACCUCGUCAAGUCUGUCUCAGCAGUCUGUAGCUUCCUUACAACCUGGCAACUUCUUUGAGGUUCCUCGAGUCCCACCCAGUCUUCAGAAAUCGGUCACUUCUGCUACAGCGUCUCCCAUCAAAGGACGUGGCGCCCCGGCACCUCUGGCGUUAUCUCCGCAGAAAGGCCUGGUAGGGAGUCCGCGACAAGCUAGUGGCUCUUCCACGCGCUCAAGGUCGUUGACUGUGGGUUCACAAGAAGGCAGUCCUGUCGCUCCAGAUAUACUGGCACAUCGCAACCGCCGCAGCCAAGUGUUUGAUAUGUCACCGUCAUCUUCGGACAAUGAAGGCGAUAAAGCGAAUGCACUGCUCCGAGUUCAACGGAGACGUCAGAGCUCUAGGCGCAUGUCUGCUAUCAACCUCGACAGCCCAACUUUUCGAUCGUUAGAUGUUCUGAUUUGCGAAGACCACCCUGUCUCGCGCAUGGUGAUGGAGAAACUGCUUGAAAAACUCCGUUGCCGAACAAUAUCGGCUGCCAACGGUUCGGAUGCUGUGCGAUAUGCUAUGAGCGAGAUCAAGUUUGACAUCAUCUUCACAGAGUUUAAGCUUCCUGAAGUUAAUGGUACUGAUCUCGCCCGGAUGGUUCGUGAGCUAAAGAAUAUUAACUCGCACACCCCCAUCGUUGCCAUCACUGCCUAUCUUAAAGAACUCCAAGCGCCUCACUACUUCGAUUCUCUCAUUGAGAAACCAAUAAGUUCUUCAAAGUUAGUUGAAGUGCUGUCAAAUUUAUGUCAAUGGAAACCACCAUCGCCUACCCAGAAUACCGCUGUACCCCCGAGUCAACCAACCAAUUCCCUGGCACAGUCUGGACUUCGACAUGAAGGGGCACGACUAGAAGACAGCCCCACAUCUGGAUCGUCUGGGUAUGCCGGUCAUCCUGGCAGCAGUAGCUUUCGAGGAUCUAGCAGGGAAGAUUCUAUAAGUUCUAGCCUGUUUGGUGACUCUGAAUCUGUGGCUACGGAUGAGAUUCCCAUGGUCAUCAGUCGAAAGGCCACCGGAGAUUGGGACGAGCUGGGCAUAAGUCAAGAUGAAGUUCUCUACGGACCAGACAACCCGCCUCGAUUGCCUGCACAUCUCAUCACUCAGCAAUCUGCUCCAGCUCAAAUGGAAGCACCGAAUCUGCCCAGGCCGCGCCGUUCGCUGGAAAAGCUCAAGUCAAGACGUGAACAUCUGGAGAAGCGACGAGGCGAGGGAAGCGACUCUGCCGAUGAUGAGGAUGAAGAAUUGGGCGCUUCUCGGGAGCGUACCAUUCGUGCGAAGCGACCAAGCUCCAAGCUUGGUAUUGAGAUGAUGAGAGCAAACAGCCACGACAGCGUUGCAGUAGCUUCUGAUAGCACUGCCGAACCGAUCACGCAGGUCGUCACACCAUCUAAGGACGGCGCCGUGUCUCCUUUCAGUCGUGUGCAUUCACCCUUGAAAGCUGUCUUCCAAACCCCCCCUGAAAAUUCUCCUUCUGUUCAAGGGCAAGAAUCAGGAUUUGAUCCCGAUGAGACACCUCGUCCAUCCGCAGAGGCGAAGACGUUGGAAGUAGACGAGCCGACGCCUCGGCCAGCUGUCAAGACAUCCCGGUGCGGAGCCUCUGAUGAUUUAGACUGAAACAAUCUCUCAGUUGACAGCUGAAUCUACGUAUGAGUUUGAAUGUUUGCUUUCAGAUGGUGACGACCCGUGUUCUUUUCUUUGUCUUCAGCGCGGCGUACUGGAUUGACCUU